AUGCGGCUUGCUCGGGUGCAGCGACAAGCAGCUCUCAGAGUCGCAUCAGCAUAUCGUACAGUUUCUGAGCCUGCCGUCCUGGUGAUUGCUGGAGUCAUCCCGGUCAAACUUCUGGCUGAGGAGAGGAAAGCAAUAUACCAGCGAAAAGGCGAGAUCGGCAAGGAAUGUGCCACAUCAGAAGAGCGCACCCGCACCUACCGGCAAUGGCAGGAGUUGUGGGAUCAAGAGACCCGAGGACGUUGGACAGCACGGCUGAUACCGAUGGUCCAGCUCUGGGUGAAACGGCGACAUGGUGAGGUGGACUAUUACCUCACCCAGUUUCUCACCGGUCAUGGAUAUUUUCAGUCCUAUCUUUUCUUGAUGCGAAAGACCGGUUCACCGGACUGCAUAGGAUAG